UCCUCUUCUUCCAAACUGUUCUGCUUCUCGCUCUGAUCUCUCUCUUCUGCAUGCAUGCAUGCCUGGGGUUUGGGAUUGGGUAGCGCGAGCAUACAAAUCAACUACAUGAGUGUCUCUCUUUGGUUUAGGUUUUGAAUGCAAGUGAGACCUACCCGUCUUGGCCAAUCUCCUAGCUAGCUAGCUGCUCAUCCAUAUUAAACUCUCCUUUUUUUUCAAGUUGGAAAGAAAAACUAAUCACAGUUAAAAAAAAAAAAUCUCAUUUCCAACAGCGCGCUUCUUUGUUUCUCACGAUUAUCUUCUCCGUUUUGUAUCUGUUCAAUCAAAUAUGGGGGAGAACCACCACCACGAAGUUUUUGACGUCUCCAUAGACGUUCUUCCUCAGAGUGGCUCCAAAUCCUUUGACAAUGACGACGAUGGCCGUCUCAAACGAACAGGGACUCUUUGGACUGCAAGUGCUCACAUAAUAACAGCAGUUAUUGGAUCUGGGGUGCUUUCCUUAGCCUGGGCCAUAGCUCAGCUAGGUUGGAUUGCUGGCCCUGCUGUCAUGUUCUUGUUCUCCUUCUUCAGUUACUACACUUCAUCAUUGCUCGCAGAUUGUUACCGUGCCGGGGACCCUGUCUCCGGCAAGAGAAACUAUACUUACAUGGAUGCAGUCCGGUCCAUUCUUGGUGGAGCUAAGGUCAAGGCAUGUGGACUUAUUCAGUAUCUGAAUAUUUUUGGAAUAGCCAUUGGAUACACUAUAGCAGCAUCUAUAAGUAUGAUGGCGAUCAAGAGGUCUAAUUGCUUUCAUGAGAGUGGAGGAGACAACCCAUGUCACAUGUCGAGCAAUCCAUACAUGAUAUUGUUUGGAGUAACCGAAAUCGUGUUUUCUCAAAUCCCGGACUUCGAUCAAAUAUGGUGGCUAUCAAUUGUUGCCGCUGUCAUGUCUUUUACCUAUUCUUUAAUUGGUCUAGGACUUGGAAUUGCCAAAGUUGCAGAUACAGGAACUUUAAGGGGCAAUCUUACCGGAAUAAGCAUUAAUACCGUGACUCAAACCCAAAAGCUCUGGAGGAGUUUUCAGGCUCUAGGCAACAUAGCCUUUGCUUACUCAUUUUCUGUUAUCCUCAUUGAAAUCCAGGACACAAUCAAAUCCCCACCAUCAGAAGCAAAGACAAUGAAGAAGGCAACUGUACUUAGCGUUGGAGUAACGACCCUAUUUUACAUGCUAUGUGGCUGCAUGGGAUAUGCAGCUUUUGGUAACCUUACACCUGGAAAUCUCCUCACUGGUUUUGGUUUCUACAAUCCAUUUUGGCUUCUUGAUAUUGCCAAUGCUGCCAUAGUAAUCCAUCUGGUGGGAGCAUAUCAAGUUUUUUGCCAACCUCUCUUUGCCUUCAUUGAGAAAAGAGCUCAACAAAAAUGGCCUGAAAGUGAAUUCAUCACCAAGGAAAUUGCAAUCCCCAUCCCUGGUUUUCACCCAUAUAACCUAAACCUGUUCCGUUUGGUUUGGAGAACCAUUUUCGUGAUCUUAACCACCAUUAUAGCAAUGUUGCUUCCCUUCUUCAAUGAUGUUGUGGGAAUUCUUGGGGCACUUGGGUUUUGGCCUUUAACAGUGUAUUUUCCGGUGGAGAUGUAUAUUGCACAGAAGAAGAUACCAAAAUGGAGCAAUAGAUGGAUAUGUCUCCAAAUGUUGAGUAUCGCUUGCCUUACAAUAUCGAUUGCCGCGGCUGCCGGUUCAAUUGCCGGCGUCAUGCUCGACCUUAAGGCCACGUUCUAGCUAUGGCAGUCUUUUGGAUCGAUAUCUCAUCAUUGAAAAAGAUGGAUCAUAUAUUUCACCAGUUCCAUUUUAUGAAGGAAGCUGAUUAUAUAUGUUGUUAGUUGUUCAUGGGUGUGGUAAAAAGUACUACGAGUUUAUGUUGUUUAAUUCAUGUCAGUCUUUUAAA